AUGAGCUCUGACGCCGCAAAAGCAAUGGCCAGCGUCUUCAAGACGGCAAGCUUCGUCAAAACCUACAAGCUCGCCGAAAAGGCCACCGGACCAUUUGCUGAAGCCCUAAUCGACUAUACUGAAAUCACAUCCUACCCAAGUCCUCCAGUCAUCCUCGAUAAUGCUUGCGGCACGGGAAUCGUCUCCAGUAUCCUCAACUCCAAGGUCAGUGAGCAAGUCCGCCAGGGCUGGGAGCUCACUGCGGGUGACUUCUCCGAGGCGAUGGUCGAGUAUGCUAGCAACCGGGGCAAGGAGGAAGGAUGGCUCAAUACCGCAGUGAAGGUUGUGGAUGCACAAGAUACGAAGUUGUCAACUGGGCAGUAUACGCAUGUUUUUGCUACUUUCGCUUUCCAAGCGAUUCCCAAUGCCGAAGCUGCGUUGAGAGAAUCUUUCCGCAUCCUUAAGCCCGGUGGCAUAAUCGCCUCAGCUACCUGGAAGCACGUCCCCUGGGUGACAAACGUGAAACGCGGCAUCGAAACGAUAUCCCCGAAUCUCCACUGGCCUGACAGCGAAGAAUUUGUCAAAACCACAAGCCGAGGCUGGGAAUCCGAGACUACCAUCGAGUCUCUCCUCACAAAGGAAGGGUUCACGGAUGUCCAGGUUACACCUGUGACGAAAACGAUCGAGCUGCCUAUCGCUGAUGUCGUCCAGCUGAGUGUGAGUAUUCUUCCCGCUCUACUAGGUAAGUACUGGACACAGCAACAGCGGGACGAGUAUGCGGAGCGGGUCCCGGCGGCUGUGCAGCAAUAUCUUGAGCAGAUGUACGGAGUUGGUGCGUUGGUGCCCCUAGAGCCAGUCGGGAUUAUUGCGAUUGCUCGUAAGCCGGAAUAG